UUACCGAGCGAUGAUAUCAAAGAGAUGCUAGAGCAGAUGUCGCGAGUGAAAGUAGCAAUGGGCUGGGAGUUCGUGCUGCCAUAUGAUAUAGAGUUUGUUCAAAAGCAUCCUGAUGUUUACAAACAACAGCUGACCAUGUGGGAAGCCAAAUAUCAAGUUCUUCAAAAACAACUAAAUUUUCCAAAACAAGACAAGCUUGGAAUGGAUCUCAAAAGAAUAACCAGUGAUUCUUGUUCCAGUGCAGGAAGCAAAAGAGUUUCUAAGCCUUCCAAUUCCAAGUCGAAUCAUGUGAUGAACCACAACACCUUACAUGAAGGAUCCUCUGAGGAGCAACACUUGCCGAUGGAAAUUGACUGUAAAGAAGUCGCUAGUAAUAAUAUGAAUCCUCAACUGCCUAAGGAACCUCUCUCCACAAAUGAUACGCAUGUUCGGGACACGCUAAAAAUCUUACAGGACUUUGUUCAUGAGAAACUGCACAGAACUGUUUUAAGUUUAGCCGAUUUUAAAAGGCUGUUGCUUCUCCGACAAACUGCAAGCAGCCCAGGGGACCCUCUAUGUUCAGGAGUACCAGACACGCUACUGGAAAAAGCGAUUCUCAGCACAGGAGCCACAGAAAUAGAUUUCAAGUGGCCUACAGAAGCGCUAUCAGGCGAUAUACAGUCACGCAGACUAUUUUCUUUCAGAAGCACGGGCGACACGGCAGAUGAGUACCGCGCUCUGUUACUGGACAUGUUCAGUAAAUCCUGGGUCUUGACCAGGAGAGAAUUUAACGCUAGGGCCACGGAGCAGGUCGGGACAGUGCCUGGACGAAAGGUGUGGAUGACAAUCCAACAGGUAACUGAAUGCGAAGAAUGUGUUUGUAACUUGAAGUCUUAGUAGCUUUUAUAACCGAUAGCUACCCUAUUUCUCAACUGCGAGUCAAUUCAAUUCUUAUUACUUCUUCUGGUUGUGUUACUGGUAAACUGGUAAACCGCAAGUCAGUCAAUUCUUAAUACUUCUUCUGGUUGUGUAACGGGUAAACUUGUAAACCGUAGGUCAAUUCUUAAUACUUCUUCUGGUUGUGUUACUGGUAAACUGGCAAACCGUAAGUCAAUUCUUAUUACUUCUUCUGGUUGUGUUAGUGGUAAACUGGUGACCAUCCAAAGUAUUUUGUUCAGUGAACAGUUUGUUGAGAAAAUAUAACAAAAGUGAUCCCCAGUCGACGCAAAAUAUAAGGAGGUUCGAACCCUGACCUCCCUCUCUCUCUCUCUCUUCAAAGCCGAACUCACACUCAACUUAAACUAUUUGGCGUCCGCUUAUCCACCUCGUGAACGAAGCCUCAUGGCAUGUAGAAUUCUCGAACUUAAAAAUAGGUCCCUACUUAAAAUCAGGUGUACUCUCACUUUGAUAAUGAAGAAAUCCAAAUAGCACUGUUUUAUUGCUAUAGCUAUCGAGUUUGAAA